CUGUGAGGAGUGCGGUGGUGCGAUGCGGGAGGAACGGGCGGGCUGCACCGGCAGGGAGCCUUUUCUCAUCUGAGAGUCUCCACAUGAAUCAUGACCGUUUUCGGGAUCGCUUCUUGCUUGGCACGCAGGCGACUUGUGACAUGAAGCAUUCUGGUUUCUCGUGUGUUUUGAGACAGACAUGUGAAAUUAGACAACCUGAUGACUAUUUUUGUAACAGCCCUAGGUGAUAAAUCCUACUACAGCAUGAGCAUCCUUUUUUUUUUCCUGACAUGGGUACCGCUGGAAUUCCCGGAGCUGGGACGAAUGCGCAAGGAGUCUAUUGAUUUCCAGUUUAUUAUUAUCACCACUCUUAUUAUUAUCUAAGUAUUUAUUUAGGUACGAUCCGUAUAUCCUAAAUUCUAACUCGAUUUUUUUUUUUUUUUUUUUUGCAACGUUGCACUUCUCAUGCGCAAGUGUGCACGAUCACGUUUCAUUCCGCGGCUCAUUUUAGGUAAGCGACUCCGUGCGCAGCAAGUUGGUGAAGCGCUGCUGGAAGUAACGCAGCUUUGCGUUUUUUUUUCCCCCCUCACAUUUUCGCAUUUUCAAUCAACAGGAGUGUUUCGUAAACCCAAGGCGUGCAGCCUGCAGCUCGCGCUAACUCCAGUAUUUCCCCCACGCCACGGGCUCUCACUUUCACGAGUGAUGAGGCAUUUAAGAGGAUGAAGAGGGCGAAGGUGGUUAAGAAGAUCCCGGACUGAUGUGGACGCAGAGACACCCGACGGCCGCGAGGACAUCUUCUUCUCGGGGAGGGGGGCGGGGGGACCUGGCUCUGCAAUACUAAUAUGCGGCGGCUAUGUGUACAAAGUGACCCGUGUUGGAUUUUGGUGCUUUUGAAUUUGAGGAAGACCAGCUAGCGCUCCCGGCAUUCAAUGGCAUGAGAGAACCCGGCCGCUACCAUGGAUGACAGAUCCAAUAAAGUGAUUCUGGUUCCGAUCCUCGCCGUUCUCUUUGUUAUGAUUGGCUAUCAGUACAUCUGCCCCUACUUCUCCGGCGAGGACUCGGAGCGGGACCCGGAGCUGGAGGACGAAGACCCCCCCAGGUUCACCCCCAGGUUCAACUUCUCCGAGCGCGACCUGCUGCGGCGCGUGGACUUCGACAUCCGCGGCGACGACGUGAUCGUGUUCCUGCACAUUCAGAAGACCGGCGGCACCACGUUCGGCAGACACCUGGUGCGGAACAUCCGCCUCGAGAAGCCGUGCGACUGCCGCGCGGGCCAGAAGCGCUGCACGUGCCACCGGCCCGGGAAGGAGGAGUCGUGGCUCUUCUCGCGCUUCUCCACGGGCUGGAGCUGCGGGCUGCACGCGGACUGGACGGAGCUCACGAGCUGCGUGCCCGCCGUGAUGGGCAGGAAGGAGGCGAAGAAGAACGGCAGGAACUUCUACUACAUAACCCUGCUGCGGGACCCCGUGUCGCGCUAUCUGAGCGAGUGGAAACACGUACAGCGCGGUGCCACCUGGAAGACCUCGCUGCACAUGUGUGACGGGCGGGCGCCCACGCAGGACGAGCUGCCGGCCUGCUACUCGGGUGACGACUGGUCAGGGGUGACCCUGCGCGAGUUCAUGGACUGCCCCUCCAACCUGGCCAAUAACCGGCAGGUGCGCAUGCUGGCCGACUUGAGCCUGGUGGGCUGCUACAACCUGUCCUUCAUGAGCGAGAGCGAGCGCAGCCACAUCCUGCUGAGCAGCGCCAAGACCAACCUGAGGAACAUGGCCUUCUUCGGCCUCACCGAGUUCCAGCGCAAGACGCAGUACCUGUUCGAACGGACGUUCCGCCUGCGCUUCAUCUCGGCCUUCACGCAGAUCAACAGCACGCGCGCCGCCGGCGUGGACGUGGACGAGGACGUGCGCCGCCGCAUCGACGCGCUCAACUUUUUGGACGUGCAGCUGUACGAGUACGCCAAGGACCUGUUCCUGCAGCGCUUCCAGUUCGCGCGCCAGCAGGAGCGCCAGCGGGAGCGGCUGCGGAGGCGGCAGGAGCGCCGUCGGCUGCGGGAGCAGAGGGCCUUCUUGUACCAGCGCCGACAGGAGGGCGGGGAGGCAGAGGAAGAGGACGCCACCGCCACCACGGAGGACUACACCAGCCAGGUGGUGCGUUGGUGACCGCUGGACGCACGCGGAGAGCCCUGUCCUGUCCGCAGAUCGGCGUCUCUCCGCUGUGGGUCGCUCUGUGAUCUGACGGCGUAUCUCGCUUUCGGCUCCUCUCUCACGCCGUCUCCGUCCGCCGCUGUACGACCUCUUCCUCCAUGCCCUCACCGAUCGUCCACGCCUCUGACCCGAUGUCGUACGAGGAUUCUUUGGCAUGUCACGGUUCCGCACAAAAAAUUUAAUCGGUUUAUUUAUCGUUGUCACCGGUGAAAACUGCGCCAUUAUUUCUUGUUACGCAUAUUUCGGCUUCCCUUUACGACCAUAAAAUUGAGCUUGAAAUUGACACACCUGAUGGAUUGUUGUCAUGUAAACUUUUGUUUUUUUAAAUUUCCAGGACUGUUUUCUGGACUUCAGUCAGCGCUUGGCCCCAGCUAUGUAUCCGAUACAGGCGUAUGACUAAAGUGUUCUAUCUACCGUACAUUCGUUGCCUGGAUGUUGGAACUUGGAUGUUGGAAAAAAACCAAAACAUUUUCCCCACUUAAAGAGGAAAAUACAGCUGACCAAUGAGAUAAAU